UGCCGCUGUGCUGGGACUGAAUUCGAGCCUGGCUUUACUUCUCUGGGUGGCGCGCGAUGCGGAGCAUCAGGGCGUUCGUGGGCUCCGCGGCCCUCUGGGCUCUGCUGGCCGCCCGCAUCGCGGCGGCGGUCGAGCCGGUGAGCAUGGCCAUCGCCAUCGGGGCCGCGUCGUUGCUCACCGGCUACCUGUCCUACUCGGGCGCGUUCUGCCGCUUCUCCGAGUGCUGCAACGAGGAACGGACCCUCAACGCGUCGGCCCUCAAGCGGAACUUGGAGGCAAAGCUGUUUGGACAGCACCUCGCCACCGAAGUGAUUCUCAAGGCACUGACCGGCUUCAAGAACAAUAAAAAUCCCAAGAAAGCACUGACUCUGUCCAUGCACGGCUGGGCUGGCACGGGCAAGAAUUUUAUUAGCCAGAUUGUGGCUGAAAACCUGCACCCAAAAGGCCUGAAGAGUAACUUUGUCCACCUGUUCGUCUCUACCCUGCACUUCCCUCAUGAGCAGAAGACAAAACUGUACCAGGACCAGCUCCAGAAGUGGAUCCGAGGCAAUGUGAGCGCGUGUAGCACCUCCGUCUUCAUCUUUGAUGAGAUGGAUAAGUUGCAUCCUGGGAUCAUUGAUGCAAUCAAGCCCUUCCUCGACUACUAUGAGCAGGUGGAUGGGAUUUCCUACCGCAAAGCCGUCUUCAUCUUCCUCAGUAAUGCAGGCGGGGACCUGAUAACUCAGACAGCCCUGAACUUCUGGCGGGCAGGAAGGAAGAGGGAAGAGAUCCAGCUGAAGGACCUGGAGUCUGUGCUGUCUGUGGGCGUCUUCAACAACAAACACAGUGGUCUGUGGCACAGUGGACUGAUAGACAAGAACCUCAUCGACUACUUCAUCCCCUUCCUGCCCUUGGAGUACAAACACGUGAAGAUGUGUGUGCGGGCAGAGAUGCGGGCCCGAGGGCAUGCUGUCAAUGAAGACAUUGUCACCAGAGUGGCAGAUGAAAUGACAUUUUUCCCCAAGGACGAGAAGAUCUACUCGGACAAGGGCUGCAAGACUGUGCAGUCACGGCUAGAUUUCUAUUGAGCUCUUCACCCCAGGGGGUGGGAGGAUUCAGGGGAGCCUCCCACCCCCUCCAGGACCCCCUUGAGGCUUUGCACAUUUGCACCUGUGGACUCUGGGGAUGCUGUUGGUUCUGCACGGCAGCAGCUCAAGUGAACUUGUAGAACCCUAACACUGCUACUGUGAACCAAGUGCCUAGAAACAUGAACACAGACCCUGUGUGGCCAAGGUACCGUGCCUCAGGUGCCACUAAUGGGCUGCAGCCUUGAGGAGCCAGAUUUUUCCUUCCAGGAGCACCCACCUGUGUUUGGUUUUUUUGUUUUGUUUUUUCCUUGCCCUGAGCUGGCACUCUAUGACAGUUUUCAGAAGCUGGUGGCAUUGACAGAUGCUUGAUCUCUGAGGGGAGCAUGUAUGUGGACUUGAUCUUGGCUGAACUGUCAGCGUGAGUAGUGGGGGCUCCCUCUGAGGCUCCUGUGGCACACUGGGACACAGAGCCUUUUGAGGCUAUACCUUACCUUAGCUGCUGCUCUCGCAGCCCCCACUGUGAAAUUCUCUCGCCUGUCUCCUACUUUGUGUGGGUUACAGCCUGCCUUCGACCUCGUCCUAGCCUCAUCCUGGUCCUGUCAGAACAGGCUGAAGCUUUGGAGGUCUUUGGUUCCUGUUUGCCUGUUAAACUUACUCUGAAGGUACAGCAUGCAUAGGAAGAGUGAGCUCUGGGCCAGGGCCUGCCUGGCCACACAUAGUAUGCUCAGACUCCGUCCAAAGGAGUGGCCACACAUACCAGAAAUGUCGAGUUUUUUAAAGGACAUGAAUAUUUUUAAAACAUGUUUUUUACUUCUAAACCUUAGGUAAUAAAGUAUAAGGUGCCAUGUAUUUUAAAACCUAAGAAAUGCCCAGUCAGUGGUGGUGCACGCAUAUCUUUAGUCCAGCACUUGGGAGAUGAGCCAGGUGGAUCUCUGAAUUUGAGAGCAGCCUGAUCUACAAAGUGAGUUUCAGAACAUCCAGGGCUGUUACACAGAGAAACCCUGUCUCAAAAACCAAACUUAGGAAGGACAUAAAAUAGAAUAAGUAUUCUUAGUAUUCCCAGGCUUUUAUUGUUGCUGGGUGUCGGGGCACAGUGCCCACCAUCCUAGCGGGAAAAUGAGGAUUCAGGGUUCCUCUAUGUUGUGAAUUUGAGGCCAGCUUGAGCUACGGGAAACUCUUUAAGGGGGUGGGGGAUUAGGGUCAAAUGUGCAGCAUGGAAUGAUAUGGACACAAUUUUGGACUCCAUAGUCCCUCAGUUUGUGGUGGGUCCCAGGUGUCCUCUCAGGGUGGUGUCCUUAGGCAGCACUGGGCCGGGCUGCUCUGACAGGAAAGCUGGCCUGCAGUUCCGGCCUUCUGAGCUGCUCUGUCCCACAGUCUCCAUGCAGCCACAGACAUGAGAACUCUGCCCUGUGUUUACAGAAUGUGGGAGAAUGACUAUUUUUCUAACGUGGAAACGCCUUAUAGAGAAUCACAUUUAGUCUUUUAGAAAUGCCAAGGUGAACUGGGUGUGGUGGUGCACACCUUUAGUUCCAGGACCUGGGAGGCCAGUCUAGGCCGCCACACAAGGGAAUGGCAGGCCCGUGGUGUACAUGCCUGUAAUCUUAGCUCUUAGGAAGACGAGUUUAAAACCCGCCGAGCUACAUACAAAGACCCUGUGUCAAAGCAAAGAGGAAACAAAGCCUGCCAAAGUGAGGCUGACUUCCAUGUCAUGUUCUUGAGUUGGAGCCAAGUCACCAUUUAACCUGUUGAGUGCCUAAUCAAGAAGAAACAAGCUUUUCUGUUUACAAUGAUGCAAUAUGUGGACACGUGUUGCCACCUUUGGACUGCUGCUGUUACUGAUCUGUAACCUGGAAAGGCCCGAGCCUGGCCCAGCCUCCCCACCCUGCCUGUGAGAAGGCUUGAGGAGAGCUGGACGCGGACUAAUAAAGCCAGUGCGAUGCCACUUUCA